AUGGAGAUGAGAUUCAGCAAAAACUUAUCAAGCAAAAGCGCAGGUUCUGUGAGCCUGCAAAAGAAAAUAGCAGAAACUAAGAUAUCAAAUCGACCUGAGCCAGCUCCGGACCUUACUGAUUUCAUGAAUGACAUGUUUUUCGGCUCAGUAAGCAUCGAAAAGAAAGCGUAUAACCUGACUGGUGGAUUGAUGGACGCGGAAGAAGAAGAAGAUUUUGAGUCUAGUAGGAGGAGUAGCGUCUAUAGCAGAUCAAAUCACGAGUGGCUGGAGGAAGCCAAGCGCAUGGUGGCUAAUUCAUCUCCUUCCCGGAAUGAUUCGCCUUCUCGGCCUGUCAGGUUCGCAUCACCUCAAGCCAGAUUAUCUGCUUCGAAUCUUGAUCGGAGAGACCCACUCUCUAGGUCUGCUAGAAGAAACAGAGCAGUUGAUAAAGGCUUCAGUGGAGAAAUUCUUUCAAAAUCAACCAAACAGACCCUUAACAACCCCAAAUCCUUUGACCAACCUCCCCCAGCCGAAAUAUCCCCUGCAUCGGCGGUUCAAAAAUGGUUCUCCAACAUCCUCAAACUGCCCAAUCACAACCCACCACCUCACUCCUCGGAUCGUACUAAACCCCACCCAACAGAUCUUCCCACCACCAACUCAAAUCACACAGUCCCACUACCGCCACCUCGGCAAUCUACCCAUCGCAAAUCCCGGUUCCAAGAUGGCACCAAUGCAACUCAACCACAGACAAUCCCACCCCACUCUCCCUCCAAACGAACUUUCAAAACCACCACAACUAACUCUCCCGCGCAAGACACCCAAUUACUCUCUCCUCCAAAGCAUCUCAUCCAAUCCGCUAACCGGAGAUCGAUAUCGUCCUCAACAUGUUCGGUUCCUGAGCGUCAAGUCCUGUCACCGCCGAGGAACUUAGUGGAGUCAGCUCGCCGGAAAUCCAUGUCAUCAUCGACGUGUUCCACUGAUAGGAAUUUGCAGAAGCCUACUUUGGGUGAAAGGUUUAGGGAGGAAGACACAAGUGGUCGCGACCUUAAUGGGUUUUUGAAGGAACAAAGAAUCAAGUUUGGGAAGAUUUUGAGUGGAGAAAUCAAUGAGAAGGCCAAGAUUGUUCUCUCCGGACCGUCGAACAGUACGAGUUCAAUGGUGGCAGCAAUAUGCUAUGCGUGGUUGCUGGAGAAUAGGGUGAGAAACAAUGAGGGAGGUGAGGGAGAUGAGAGUGUGGUGCCUGUGAUGAAUAUGAGGAGAGGGAAAAUGUGGAAGCAGCGGCAGGCAGCGUGGCUUUUUCUCCAUGUUGGUGUUGAUGCUACCGCGUUGCUCUUUUCUGAUGAGGUUGAUUUGGAAACAAAAAUUAUGUCAAAUCAGUUGACCAUCCUUGUGGUCGGGGAAGAUAUCCUCAAAACCAAUGGCGAGGUCGGAUCUCAGUGCACCAUUCUAACAGACAAUUACUGUGAACUUGCCUAUGACCAACUUCAGAUUCCUGUCAUCAAAAAACUUCUGGUAAGUGACCAACUUCAGAUUCCUGUCGUCAAAAAACUUCUGGAUCAGAGGGAUGGUAAUUUUUUUGAGGCUUUACGGCAGAACUAUGGGAAGCCUCCUAAUGAGAGGACCAGAGAUAGUGGAACACCAGUAGAACACAGGAUUUCUGAGAGAGAGUCUCACCAAGAACCAAUUGUACAAAAUGCAGAGAAAAAAUCUAAUGAUUUUAAAACUGCAAGGGUUAACACAGCGUCACCAAAGUCAGAGUCACUUUGUAAAACCAACUGA